GCUCAGCUCGCUCGGUUGCUCGAGUGGCCACGCCAUGGCCAGCCCUUAGGGCUCUGAAGCCGCCACCUCCGCACCUUUUGGCCAGAUGAGAGCGGCUCUACGAUUUCUGGUGGGGCUUUCCUCUGCUUACUUCGCGCUUUCCCUGGUCCGUUGCUUCGCGGGGCUCGACGUGCGGAGGACCGCGGCGGAGUCGACGAGAUUCGCGGGGGACGCUGGCCGCGUGUCCCGGCGGUCGCCGUGGCGUCGCUUGCAGAGGUCGGCGACAGAGACGGUGGAGCUGAUAGAAGUUGAUGUCAAGAAGGAGCCCAAAGUGGGAAGCGCCCUGGACAACAGCGAGAUCGUCAAGCGGGCCAAGAGGGAGGCCUUGCCUUUGAUUGCAAGCACGCCGGUGGAGAACAGAAAGCUGCGGGCCGCGAUCGAAUCCAUCGAGCUGGAUCAGGAAGCUUUGCGCGUGUCCUCUCCCUUGUUCUCCUUGAAGACGUUUCUGGCGACCAGCUCCGCGGCCACGGUGUCCAUGGUGGCCUCGCUGCUCUCCUCCUCCCCGACCCUCUUCAUCCUCAUGCCAUCUCUGACGACGGUGAUCUUCUUGUACUCCUCGCUGUCUGAGAGCGCGGCAGCGAGAUACAAGGCCAACGCCAAGUACAACUACGGGCAGAACUCCAAGUUGGCCGCCACUGCAGAGACCAGCCUGGCCAUCGCGGAGUCCCGCAAGGUCUUCUUCCCCUUCGGCGUGGGGCUCACGGCAAUCACCGCCGCCGCCUGCGUCACCUUGAGGAUCUUCAAUGAGAAGAUUGGGGACUUCAUCCCUGAGGGCCAGUCUUUCUCCACGAUCCUGGCGGGGGACAACGUGGUUCUCAUCCUCUUCGCGCUGGCCUCCAUGGUGGGAGCCACCCUCACCAGCCUCACCUACGUGUCCACGCGUGCGGCCUUGGUGCUGGACGAGAGCAUCCAGGCCUCAGCGCAGAGCGACUGGGAGGCCACGAGGUUGCCCAAGAGGGCCAAGGAGCCGACCCCUGAGGAGGAAAGGAACAUCGUCAUCGCCACGGUGAUCUUCUGCCUGCUGCCGGUGCCAUUCAUUGUGGAGGGCAUCGACAUGAGCUUGGCCGAGACGAACCGCAUGCUCUUCAACAAGGCGCUGCAGCAGCUGCUGGACGACGCCUCCGUGGUGAUCUCCGCCUCCGCGGCCGCGCAGGCCGCGGUGGCCUUCCUGCUGGGGGAAAGGGACUUCACCGACGCGGAGCAGCGCUGCGCCAUGCAGUCCAAGCAGGCGGCGCUGGCGGAGAUGUUCUGCGCGCAAGCGCAGCAGGAGGCCGCCAUCAUCCCGGUGCGCAGCGCCUUCUCGGCGGCGGCGCGGGGCGGCGCUGACCUGGCCAUCGAGUUCUCCAAGCUGGCGGCGGCCAUCUUCCCCUGGGGCGCGGUGGGCCAGGCCUUCCAGUCCAUCCUGAACGCCCGGCUGGUGCGGGUCGAGUCCGAUGCCGCGAUCAACGAGGCGCGCAUCGUGAAGUACGGGCCCAAGCUGACGCGGAACCGCAAUGCCAUUGAUGCCUCGCUGAUUGAGUUCGGGCGCCUGCAGAAGGAGGUGUUCCCUUCGGACAAUGAGAUCCGGGACAAGAUCGCGGCGCUGAAGGUCGGGGAGGUGAAGGACUUCAAGAUCCGCUCCAAAGAGGGCCGCAGGGAGGUGCAUCUGAUCGCCGCGGAGCUCGGGAUGGUGUCCAGGUCCUAUACCUCGGGCAACCAGCGCGUGGUCUCCGUGAAGAACACCGGCGGGGCACUGGACUCGAAUGAGGAGCAAACCAGCUUUGUGGACAUGGUCGAGAAGGAGUUUGUGGGUACUCUGCAGAAGGAGGCGGAGACUUCGCUGGCCGAGGGCAUCCCGAAGGAGUGGAUGCCCUGGGUGAGCACGGCCGCCGCGGCGACGGUGAGCGCGCAGGCUGCGCCGGCGGUGCUGGGGGCGGACGCCUCCCAGGUGGUACUGCCGCUGGUCACCGGGGGCAUCGGCCUGCUGACGGUGUGGCAAGAGCGCGCUGGCCGGGAGCAAGUGGCCUACGCCAAGAAGGACGCUGCGGUGUUGCAGCGCAGACACGCGGAGGCAGAGGCAUUGGUCGGCCUGGCCGCGCUCUCCGCCUCGGCCUUGCCCACCUAUGUGGCAGUGUCGGCGGUGGCGUCGGCCUUCUCCUGCGUGGGCUUCCUGGCGGACUUCGGGGUGGUGGCCUGGGCCUGCGAGCUGCCCACGCUGCUCCUCUCCACCCUCUGCCUCAUCCUGGGCUUGGAGCGCCAGGAGCAGGUGGAGAAGUACGUGCGGGGCGCCAGCCGCAUCAUCGGGGGCGAGCCGCCCAAGCGCGCGCGCUUCCGUGCGCAACGGCUCUGGCUCCUGCUGCCCUGGAUCGUGAUGUUCCUCCCCGAGACUCUGGUUCGACGCUGCUGCGCGGCCAACGCCCUCAUCGUCGCGGAGAUCGGCUUCGUCAUCGCCAACUGCGGGCGCCAGCUCUCCUUCGCGGAGUUCUACACCGCGCGCACGCGACGCGUGCACUCCCGCACAGAUGCCUGGGCGCAGAUCGCGUCAGCCUGUUCCAGGAGCUUGCCCCUGACCUCGGCCUUGGCCCUGACCAACACCCUGGUGGCCACCACUUUGGGCGCGGUGAACGUCUCCUUCGGCGGUUUGUUCCCCAUCUUCGGCCUGGGCGUGUGCAUCCGCGCCAUCCAAAAGGCCGUGGAGAGCCGCGAGAGCGCCAUCAUCACCUCCCAGGAAGGCCGGGACGCGCAGACCCUGGGGGAGAACUUCCCGCCCUACCCGCAGCUGGGGCGCCAGGAGGAGAUGCCGACGGAGGAUCCGCGGAGCCUGCGGGCGGACCUGAAGCAGCUGAGCAAGGCGAGUUUCCGCUCCGGCGUGUCGCGGCUGUCCCGAGGCUUCCUGCGGCUCUUCGAGGAUACCAAGCCGGAGCAGGCCUUCAAUCAGACCUCCGACCAGAAGGUGGUGCGGCGAGUGCAGGCGGACCUCGAGGAGCUGCGCGUCACCGUGCGGGGCAACGACCCCAACUGGGCCCGCGUGGGCUCGGUGGUGGGCAUCCUGACGGCGGCCUCCGUGAUCGCGCCCUUCCUGCUGUCGGAGCUGCUGACCGAGGUGAUCGUGCCUUUGGCGGGCACCACCCUCACCAUCUUCGUGGUGAUCGCCGAGAGCGAAGCCAGGUCCUCGGUGGCGCAGGCCAAAGUGCACGCGGCGCAGAUCAACGAGCAGAUGUCCACAAUGGAGGAGCUGGUGUCCAUCACCUCCCUGUGGAAAGCCUACCUCCUGGGCAUGGUGGGCGUCGCGGAUUGCAACGCCAUCCUGGGAUUGGUGCUGAAGACGCCCUGGAACGUCAUCUCGCUGUAUCCCAAGCUCCAAGCGCUCCAAGAGGUCGCGCAGUUCGCCUUGGCCUUCGCCUCCAUCGCCACCUGCGCGCUGGCGGCCCGGCGCCUGCUGCAGGUCCGGGAGUGGGCGGCCUCGGUGAAGAAGAUCGCGGCGGACAACUUCAACGAGGACACGCUGCGGGGCAUCACUCAGACCUCCCCCGUGGCGGUGGACACCGGCGGCGGACAUCUGCCCAUCUCCAAGUUCCAGCGGUGUGUGGUCAUCGGCGCGGCGGUCCUGCCUUCGAUUUUGUUCAUGGUGCUGCCGCUGCCUGGACGGGAAGAGCUGGCAGAGAAGGUGGUGGGUUGCACCGGCGCGGCGGCGCUGGUGGUAGCUCUGCUGAUGCUGCAGGCGGAGCGGGCCUCUUGCAAGGCAGAGCGAAUCCAGGCCUCGUGCAAGCGCGCGGCCUCUCUGUGUGAAGCCUUUGCCAACCGAGCGGAGCAGCAAGGCGCCUUGCUGCCCUUCAACUCCGCCGCGGCCAUUGCGGUGGCCGGCGUGAUCACGUUCCUCACCGAGUUGAACCCCGGCACCGCAGCGGCCCUGACCAUCCUGCAGGCCAUGAGCUGGCUGAUCGCCUCGCGCAAGGGGGUGGCCACCAAGUUCGAGAGCCGCGCCAGCCUGCAGGUGCGGUCGCGGUUCUCCAUGCGGGGGGUGAUGGCGGCCACGGGAAGCCUGGGAAUGCGCGUGAAGAGCAUCCUCAUCGGCUAAGGCCAGUGCUGCGGGUUCCUGUGCUUUCGACGGCCUUCCGAUUGGCUCCCCAAUGAUGACUUGGAAGGAGUCGUCCGGCAGUGAGUAUUUGCUUUUGGAAUUUCCUUCCAAACAUCUAUUGCGAGCAGAGGAUCCGUGUCAUAGGAUUGCUAUUCCACCAAUGC